AUGAAUGUGAAGGCAUUCCUUUGCUUUGUGUUUCUGUUACUGGUGCCCUUUGGUGGCACUGCUGCAGGAUCGAGCACGGAGAAUCUUGAAGACAAGAAGCAUUGGAGUCGUCUAAAAGAGCGGCCUCCUCUUAGGUUCAUCCAGGGCUCAACAAUGGAGAAUCGUAUCAAUGUUUCUUCUUUUUCCAUUCCCAAUCCUUUCAAGAAAAAACACAAGCCUCUUCCCAUAGAAACCUUUUUCAAGCUUCCAUCUCCCCUCCCCUCGUGGCCUCAAGGUGAAGGAUUUGCUAGUGGAAUCAUUGAUCUAGGAGGAUUACAAGUGUGUCAAGUAUCGACAUUUUCUAAAGUGUGGGCUACACAUGAAGGCGGACCAGAUAAUCUUGGCGCAACAUUUUUUGAACCAUCUUCUGUACCAGAUGGAUUCUCUUUGCUUGGAUUCUAUAGCCAAUCCAACAAUAGACCAUUAUCUGGAUGGGUUCUUGUAGGAAAAGAUGCAAAAAAAGAAGGUGCCUUGAAGGAACCAAUUGACUACACUCUUGUUUGGAGUAGUGAGUCUUUGAAAAUUAAGCAAGAUGGCGUUGGUUAUAUCUGGCUGCCUACACCCCCUGAUGGCUAUAAAGCCGUUGGACACAUUGUCACGAGCUCGCCUGAGAAGCCAGCCCUCGACAAAAUCUUGUGCGUCCGCUCUGAUUUCACGGAUUCCAGUGAAAAUGAUGCUUGGAUUUGGGGACCAGGGAAUAAUAUUAAUCCAAAUAAUAUCAAUGCGUAUAGCACAAUUCCUUCAGUUAGAGGAAUUCAAGCCAUGGGGAUUCCUACAGGAACAUUUAUAGCCCAAACCAAUGGGGCUGCUGGAUCAACUCUAGCCUGUUUGAAGAAUGCGAAAGCCAACAAAACUGCAUUGCCUAAUUCAAAUCAGGUCAAGGCAUUGAUUCAAGCUUACUCGCCUCGUAUCUAUUUUCAUCCUGAUGAAAACUACUUCCCUUCCUCAGUGACAUGGUUUUUCGAAAAUGGGGCACUACUAUACACAAAAGGUCAAGAAUCGAAUCCAAUCGCCAUCAAUGCCACGGGCUCAAACCUUCCUUAUGGGGGUGGAAAUGAUGGUGCCUAUUGGAUAGACCUUCCUAUUGAUGAUACAGAAAAAGAGAGAGUCAAGAAAGGAGAUUUACAAGAUGCCUAUGUUUAUUUACAUGUCAAACCCAUGUAUGGUGCAACAUUUACAGACGUAGCAACAUGGAUAUUUUACCCUUUCAAUGGCCCUGGCAAGGCAAAAGUCGAAUUCUUUAAUGUUCACUUGGGGAAACUCGGAGAACAUGUAGGUGAUUGGGAACAUGUGACCUUAAGAAUCAGCAAUUUCAAUGGGGAGCUUAAGGGUGUCUAUUUUUCUCAACACAAUAAAGGAGUAUGGGUAGAUGCUUCGGAAUUAGAGUUCGAAAAUGGAAACAAACCCGUGGUCUAUUCAUCGUUACAUGGCCACGCCUCGUAUCCAAAACCCGGGCAAGUUCUACUAGGUAAUGGGAAUAUUGGCAUAAGAGAUGAUACUGCCAAGGGGAAAAUUUUACUGGACGCUGGAGAAAAGUUUUCAGUAGUUAAUGCAGAUUAUAUGGGGUCUGUCUAUGAAGAGCCACCGUGGCUGAAUUUUGCUAGAAAAUGGGGUCCAAAACUAAGCUACAAAAUUGAGGAUGAAAUCAAGAAUGUUGAUAAGUUAUUGCCAGGGAAAUUGCAGACUAAAUUUGACAACUUUAUGUGGAGUCUUCCUAAGGAGGUGUUGGGGGAGGAUGGGCCAACUGGACCCAAGGUUAAAGGUAAUUGGCUUGGAGAUGAAAUAAAUUUACAAAAUUGA